GUACUUCGGUUACACAGGUAACAGCUACAGAUGGUGAUGAUCCUUCUUACGGGAAUAGUGCCCGUCUGCUUUACAGUCUCAUUCAGGGACAGCCGUAUUUCUCUGUGGAGCCAAAGACAGGGGUCAUCAGAAUGGCUUCCCAAAUGGACAGAGAAACAAAAGAUCAGUAUUUGGUCAUCAUCCAAGCCAAAGAUAUGGUUGGGCAAGCAGGGGCCUUUUCAGCAACAGCCACUGUUACCAUCAACCUCUCCGACAUCAAUGAUAAUCCACCUAAAUUUCAACAGCGACUCUACUAUAUGAAUGUGUCUGAAGAGGCUCCUGUGGGCACUACUGUAGGCAAAGUCUUCGCAGAAGACAGCGACGUAGGGGAGAAUGCAGCCAUGAACUAUUUCAUUGAAGAAGAUAACUCAGAUGUUUUUGACAUCAUUACUAACAAUGAGACUCAAGAAGGAAUUAUCUUAUUAAAAAAGAGAGUGGAUUAUGAGAGCAAGAGGAGAUACAGUAUUCGAGCAAAAGUUGUAAACAGGUACAUUGAUGACCGUUUUCUGAACGAAGGACCAUUUGAAGAUGAAACCAUUGUAAAAAUCAAUGUUGAAGAUGCUAACGAACCUCCAGUUUUCACCUUGGAGAACUAUGUGAUGGAGAUUGCUGAAGGGGCUAUGAGUGGCUCAGUGGUGGGCGUUGUAACGGCUAGAGAUCCAGAUGACGAUGAUUGCCCAGUCAGGUACUCUAUUGUUCACGGCAUGCAUUUAAGGAAAUUGUUCAGCAUCAAUGAACACAAUGGAACAAUCAUUACAACUAAACCUCUGGACCGGGAGAUAGCUUCUUGGCACAACAUAACUGUUACAGCCACAGAAACGAGAAAUCCUGAAAAAAUUUCAGAAGCAAAUGUGUAUAUCCAAGUUCUCGAUGUUAAUGAUCAUGCACCAGAAUUCCCUAAAUAUUACGAAACAUUCGUUUGUGAAAAUGCAGUUUCUGGCCAGCUAAUUCAAAGCAUCAGUGCAGUGGAUCAAGACGAUUCAGCAGAAGGUCACCAUUUUUACUUCUCAUUGGCUCAGGAGGCCACAAACAACUCACACUUUACUGUCAAAGAUAAUCAAGAUAACACAGCUGGAAUUUUCACAGCAAAAAGUGGCUUCAGGAGGCAAGAGCAGUUUUCUUUCUACUUGCCAAUCUUAAUUCUGGAUAACGGAACCCCACCGCUGACGAGCACAAAUACUCUCACCAUCACUGUCUGCGACUGUGACACCGAAGUUAACACCUUCUACUGUCGAUACGGAGCUUUCAUGUAUUCCAUGGGUCUCAGCACAGAAGCUUUAGUUGCUGUUUUGGCUUGCAUACUAAUACUCCUAGUGUUCUUUUUGGCAAUUGUAGCCAUAAGGCAGCAGAGGAAGAAGUCUCCCUUUUCAGAGAAAACAGAAGAAUUCAGAGAGAACAUUGUCAGGUAUGAUGAUGAAGGAGGCGGUGAGGAGGACACAGAAGCCUUUGAUAUUUCAGCACUGAGGACUCGCACGGUCAUGCGAACACACAAACCUCGGAAGCAGGUCACCGCAGAAAUCCACAGCCUCUACAGACAGUCCCUGCAGGUUGGCCCUGACAGCGCAAUCUUCAGGCAAUUCAUUUCAGAAAAGCUUGAAGAAGCAAAUACAGAUCCCAGUGCUCCUCCAUACGACUCACUUCAGACCUACGCGUUUGAGGGGACUGGCUCCUUGGCAGGAUCCCUCAGCUCUUUAGGUUCAAACACGUCAGACGCGGAUCAGAGCUAUGACUACCUUACAGAAUGGGGACCUCACUUUAAACAUCUUGCAGGCAUGUACGCUUCCCAUAGAUGUGUGGGGGAUUAGUUACUCUUUGGUUUGUUGCUUCAUUUUCCCAAAUCUCAGCAACGAAAAACAACUGUGGAUUUUUAAAAAGGAGAUCAUCCCAUAUUUAAGCAGGAAAAACAAAAAGUCCAAGUAAUUUUUUUUUCUGGAAGAUCUUGGACUCAGAGGUCUUCUGAAAAAUCACACCAUGCAUGUCGUGAGGUGAGGGGAUGGAGCCUCCUGUUUG